UGUUUGCGAAAUCACCACCAACAGUGCAAUAUUCUCGUGGAGCGCGGACAGAUCUCGGACAGUUUCAAUUGCCCGAACGUCACUCCAGCUCUCGCCAUGUUUCGACGUGUUGCCUUUUCCGCUACCUCCAGCUUCCACCGAUCCAAGAGCCAUUUGGCUGCGCCAGUGGCCGCAGCGGCAGCCACCGCGCCGCCCACGCAUGCCAAAACGGACCAGCACAUUGGCCACAGCGGCGCCAAGAUCUUCCACAACCUCAUGUCCGAGAUGGGCGUGGACACCAUCUUCGGCUACCCCGGCGGUGCGAUCCUUCCUGUGUUUGACGAGAUCUUUGAAUCGCCGCACUUCAAGUUCGUGCUGUGUCGGCACGAACAAGGCGCGGGGCACAUGGCACAGGGGUACGCGCGGGCCACCGGCAAGCCGGGCGUGGUGCUUGUGACGUCAGGGCCCGGCGCCACAAACACCGUGACCCCUCUCCAGGACGCGCUCAUGGACGGCACGCCGAUCAUCGUGUUUUCCGGCCAAGUGGCGACGCCCGUGCUCGGCACGGACGCGUUCCAGGAAGCCGACAUCUUGGGAAUCACGCGGCCGUGCACCAAGUGGAAUGUGCAAGUGCGCCACGUGAACGACCUCGCACGGAACGUUCGCGAAGCGUUCCACAUUGCGACCACGGGACGUCCAGGUCCCGUACUCGUGGACUUGCCCAAGGACAUCACGGCGGGUAUCUGCCAGUCGGUCGUGUCCACAACUCCGCAAUUGAUUGGGUACUAUGGCGAAGACAAAGUGCAUGGCAACCGCGUGGAUCAAGCCGCCAACUUGGCCGAAGCGGCGCGGCUCAUCAACGUGUCCAAGAAGCCCGUGAUUUAUGCUGGCCAAGGCACCCAGCACUGCAGCGACCAGUUGCGGGAACUCGCCAUCAAGAUGAACUUGCCCGUGACCACGUCGUUUCAGGGAAUGGGCGCGUUCGACGAAACUCAUCCGUUGAGUUUGCACAUGCUGGGCAUGCAUGGCUCAGCGUACGCCAACUAUGCGAUUCAAGAUUCGGACUGCGUCAUCGCCAUCGGCGCCCGCUUUGACGACCGCGUCACCGGCCGCGUCCGCGAUUUUGCGCCGGAAGCGCGGCGCGCGGGCCGCCUCGGCCAAGGCGGGAUCAUCCAUUUUGACAUUUCCGGCAAACAGGUGGGCAAGAUCGUUCCGACCAACGUGGGGGUAGUGGGGGACGCUGCGUACAACUUGGCGCAGCUGUUGCCUCAGCUGGAGGCCAAGCCGAGGCCAGAGUGGCACGCGCAAUUGAACGCGUGGAAGCAAGCGCAUCCGUUCCGAUACCGCAACCACACGGGACCAAACCGAGCGCUCAAGCCGCAGCGGGUGAUUGAAGAGCUGUAUACGCAAACCAAACACCGUGAUGACGUGAUCAUUUCCACGGGCGUGGGGCAGCAUCAAAUGUGGGCGGCGCAGUUUUACCGGUGGCGGCAGCCGCGGUCGUUGGUGUCGUCGGGGGGACUGGGGACGAUGGGCUUUGGACUCCCCGCCGCGAUUGGCGCGAAAGUGGCCAAGCCAAACCAUUUGGUGGUGGAUAUUGACGGGGACGCGAGUUUCUCGAUGACGUUGAUGGAACUGGCGACGGCCGCGGAAUUCAAUAUUGGCGUUAAGGUCCUCUUGCUCAACAACAACGCCCAAGGCAUGGUCAAGCAGUGGCAGGAUUUGUUUUACGACGAGCGAUACUCUUCCACGAUCAUGAAGAACCCAGACUUUGUCAAGCUAGCCCAAGCCAUGAACUGCCAGGGGCUGCGGUGCGCCAGCCAAGACGACUUGGCGGACAAAAUGGUAGAGUUUCUGGCGGCGGAUGGCCCGAUUGUCGGCGAGUUCAUCGUCGACGGGGACGAGCACUGCUACCCCAUGGUCGGCGCAGGUCGGGCGCUGGACGAGAUGAUAUUUGGCGACUUUCAAGACUGCCCGCCUACCACGUCGACUUAACCUGUAUUUAAAUAUGUUCCCUAUAUUGUGGAUGAUUCGAUACGAAUUUCGAGACCCCGUCGAAUCGAAUCUCGCCGCCGAAUCGAAUCACGAAUCGACGCGAUUGGCUAAUCCAUUUUUGAGUGGAUUUGAUUGGCUCUUACAGGAAGGAAACAAGUAUAUUCAACCAAUCAGAACUCCGGCGUGAUUUAAUAUUGAUUAGACAAACCAGGCGAAUUUUGGAAGUUUAUUGCGAAUUCACAAUA